AUGGAAAGUUUCUGGCAGUAUCUAUCUGAAAUAUUCCGAAUUUUGGUUAUUCAAAAAUUGGAUUUCAAAUCUAGAUGUUGUCUUCGAAAAUGCUCUAAAAGUGACCGAAAUUUUGUGGAUGCAAUUCCUGUAUUUUUGGAAUCUCUGACAGUGAAAUUAGGGUUCAAUAAUACUGCUCGGCUGAAAUUCAAAGAAGCGGAUGACUCGGAAAAUCCGAAAUUUCAUCCGAGCUCUCAAAUUAUUGAAGAUAUCAUUUUGAUUUUUAAAAAUCAAAAAUCGAAAGCGCAAACUUUGAAAAUUGAAGGAUUUUUUAGAAACCAUGAUCCUUUGACAAGAAUUUUUUUGGAAGAAUUGAUAGCUGAAAUUCAAGAGAAUGGCUUAAAAUUGAACACGACCCAUUUAAUUUUUUGGAUUGGAAGUUUCAAUAACGAUGAAAUUUUUGUGGAACUUGUCAAAAUGCUGAAUCCGAAAACUUUGGAAAAAAUUUCAGUUUGUCAUGGAACUUCGAGAAAAGGAAUGGAGAUUUUAGUGGAAACUGAGCAAUGGAGAAGUUUGAAAAAAUUUUCAUUCGGAGAAAUAGAAAAUGUAGAUGUGAAUUGGCUUCUGAAUUUGGAGAGGAUUCGAUUUUCUGUGGGGAAAUUUUUAGUUGAAGAUAUUUGGAUUCUGGUUCAGAACUUCCUCAACAAAAAUUAUCCUAUUCAAUCCUAUGUUGAUAUAUAUUUGACAGAAAACGCAGAUGUGAAUAACAUGUUAAUGUUUCUGGAAGAGCAAAACGUCAUUGUGAAAAAUGAGCCAAUUUCCGAAAGAGACGCCAACACCUACAUUCAUACUCAACGAUUUACAUUUCCUAAUGAGGAUAAGAUAUUGCUUUUGAAAAUGAAUCACUGGAAAAUUUAUGGGUUCGUUGGAAGAUCGAGCAGAUAUAACUAA